AUGAUUAUUACACAAAUAAUUGGAGAAGAUAUACAAUCAAUGAUAAUAUCUUUGUUAUCUAAUUCCAAAUUUGAAUGUGCAAACACAACUUGUUCACCAUUCCUUAAUAUAAUUACAUCAAAUAUUAAGAAUUGCCAGGUUGCAUGUUUAACUAGAAAUCAAUGUAAAGGAGCAACUUUUUAUCGGUCAACUUCAGAUUGUCAAUUAUUUGAUAAUAUGUUGAAUCAAAAUGGAAAUAUGUUGACUGAUGUUGAUGCCAUUAGUAUGAAUGUUGUUAUUGGAACACGAUUUCCAUCAGAGCCAACUACGACAUCAACAUCAACAACAAAAUCCGCAACGUCAUUCUUAUUUACACCGUCAUCAACAUCACCAACUUCAAUAACACCAUCAACAACAUCAACAUCCACCACAUCAUCAACAACAACAUCAACAUCCACCACAUCAUCAACAACAACAUCAACAUCCACCACAUCAUCAACAACAACAUCAACAUCCACCACAUCAUCAACAAUAACAUCAACAACAAUUUCUACAACAUCCACUACAUCAUCCACAACAACAUCCACCGACACAUCAGCAACAACAUCCACAACAACAACUUUGACAACAACAUUCACAACAACAACUUCGAUAACAGCAUCGACAACAACAGGAAUACCGCGUAAGUAUUAUGUUAAAUGA